CUGCACUUGAACCCCAGCAAAAUGUCACGGUCCCAGUCCUGUGGAAUAAGCCCCUGGAGCAGUAGCAUGGUUUAUUUUCAGUAUCUGAGUCGUAAUUGCUGCUCACAGGUGAAGCUGCUCUCAGGGGGGAGCCCCGGCUGCAGAGCCUCCCCGUGGCCUCGGCCCUCACCAGUCACCGCACGGGCCCCCCGCCCAUCAGUCCCAGCAAGAGGAAGUUCAGCGUGGAGCCUGGCGAGGACAACCUGGACUGUGAAAGCGACCAUGCUUCCAAGAUGAGUCGCAUCUUCGCCCCCCACCUAUGUUUCCUGUGGUUUGACAGAUGUACCAUUUACUAGAAAGUUACACUCCUGAGAUUUCGAAUGUUAUGGACACCGUUGCUAUAGACAAUGAUUCGGUCAGGGCAGGAUUUGGAAGACGACUUUCGCAUCAUUUUGGGGCUGAAGAUGUGUUUUCCCCCAGAACAGAAAUGCCGUCUUCAUCAUCAGCUUUCAUCUUCUCUGUUACGGUUCUCUGGUUUAUAAAAGACUGUCACCAGUUGAUCAGAAUUUAUUCCCAUAAACACCACUGUGCCGCCGUGGCUGGUACUCUUUGAAAGCAGCUGGACCCCUCUGCUUCAGCCUGAGCCCUGGCAGAGCAGAGCCUUCUACAGAAGGAAGUCGCUUCCUACAGAACACGAGUGAGCCUGUGGCUGCCGCGGAGGGAACAUGCAGCAUUUUGACCUUCCUGCUCAGAGGGGCCAGUGCAGGGCUGCGCCGCUCCUCUGACCGCCCACCCCCACCCCACACCCAGACGCCCGCCGGCCUCUCCUGGGUUCUGUGUAGCCUCAUUUUAGAGUUUUAUAAAAGCCCGAUGUUCUGGAGGACUGGGAGACAAAGAAAGAGGAAAUGGCAUGCUGUCAUCCCCACGACAGAUUUCUUUUCUCACGAACUGGGCCCGUAAUGAUGCGUGCAACCUUCUGGCAGGACAGCCUCUGUGAGCACGCCCCCCCGGAGCCUGGCCCUCGUGCGCGGCAGCGGCCCUCACCUUGCUGCCUCCCCCAGCGGGGACUUUUAUUCUGACGGGCCUCCCGCCCAUCCAGUUUUGCGCCUGGACCGCCUGCCAAGUUUGGGAGGCCCAAGGCUUUCUUGUGGGAGGACGCUGGGCUGUCUUCAUGCUCUUUGGCAAUGAUUAAAGUGAGGAACAAGGCGGCCAACGGGGACUGCCGGAAAGACCCGCGGGAACGGAGCCGCAGCCCCAUCGAGCGAGCCGUGGCCCCCACCAUGAGCCUGCACGGCAGCCACCUGUACACGUCCCUCCCCAGCCUCAGCCUGGAGCAGCCCCUCGCACUGACCAAGAACAGCCUGGACGCCGGCAGGCCGGCUGGCCUCUCGCCCACCCUGACCCCGGUGGAGCGGCAGCAGAACCGGCCCUCGGUGAUCACGUGCGCCUCGGCCAGCGCCCGCAACUGCAACCUCUCGCACUGCCCCAUCGCGCACAGCGGCUGCGCGGCCGGCCCGGCCAGCUACCGGAGGGCCCCGAGCUCCGCCACCACCUGCGACCCCGUGGUGGAGGAGCACUUCCGCAGGAGCCUGGGCAAAAACUACAAGGAGCCCGAGCCGGCGCCCAACUCCGUGUCCAUCACCGGCUCCGUGGACGACCACUUCGCCAAAGCCCUGGGCGACACGUGGCUCCAGAUCAAGGCGGCCAAGGACGGCGCGUCCAGCAGCCCCGAGUCGGCCUCACGCAGGGGCCAGCCCGCCAGCCCCUCCGCCCACAUGGUCAGCCACAGCCACUCCCCGUCGGUGGUCUCCUGAAGGGAGCGCAGCCCUCCAAGGCCACGUCCAUUUGCAUGGUUUGCCUGAGCUUCGAACAGUCAGUGCUUAAAUAAUGGAAAAAUGAAAAAAAAAAUGGGGGUGGGGGAGGGAGGGAUGGUUUAUUCGCAAAAACCACGUCCUCGGGAUUUUUGUUAAGGUUUGUACUUGCUUGGUAUUGGUACCUGGGGUCCUCAGACGUGAUAGCCGUACCUGCGCGUGGAACCUCUGUCCGCUGUCGCCCCUACUCCCUGCCUCGGUUACCAAAGAAGCCUCGAUGCAGGUCAGCUGCCCGGCAGGGCCCGGACUCCACGGCUCGCGCUUUCUCAGUCACAGGCCAGGCCACUGGUGACCCAGACGCUUUGUGCUUUUUUUCAUUUGCUUCUUGAGACCGGGGCGUGUACGGCUCAGCUUCCAGCCGGCGUGUGUGUGUGUGUGCUUGUGUGUGUGCGUCUACUUGAAGAGAACAGAACUGUCGUGUCUGAUUUGCACUAUGGGAGAAGGACUCAAGUUGCCUGCCUGACAGCUUUGUGCGAGAUGCUAGUACUCUGAGGGCAAACUGCUGAAAAACAGAGGGUUUAAGGAUGACACUUCUGACCAUUUGUGUGUUUUUUGUUGUUUUAAUUUAGACAAAACCGCUUUGGAAGGGGAAGUCUCAUGCAGGUUAUCGGUCUUUCUCUGUCUAGAUUUCAGGUGCUUGCAACUGGACUGCAGACUACCAAUCACGGGCAUUUUACCUUUUCUAAACACUGCAGUUUGUUAGACUAGAGCUGACGUUGGAGGAUUCUGUAGUGCUUUAAACGUGAUGCAUGUUUUUAAUGGGUAAAAAUAGCUGGUUUCUAUUAAUUGUAUAGACAGUAAACAAAAAUCUUAAUACUUACUAGCUUCUUUUCAGAAUUCAGUUUAUUUUUGUCAGUUACAGUCCUAGAUAUACUUACUGCUGGUACAGUUGUACUCUAAGAUUUGUAUUUGAUAUUCACGUUACUCCCAAGUAGCGCGGGGCCAGCCGGCCCCUGGCAGGCCCUGGACACGGGCGGGCGAGUGGCUGGUCAGCCGCGGAGUAGGAUGCUGGAGUCGUGGCUGCAGGCUGACAGCAUCAGUUGUUUUUUGCAUCCCUGUCUGCUUCUUACUCGCUCCCAGGGGAGCUGAGACGUGUGUCUUCCAGCUUCCCUUGAUGCAGAAACUGCUCCCUUGGAACUCUUGGCUGAACAGCAGAUCCCGACAAUCUGUGAUGUGGUAUUUUGUACGCCUCCUCGUACGCUGGGGCCAAGGCAGUAUACAUUCCUCUGACUUUAUACAGUUAGGACUGCAUUUAUUAUUGUUUGCUAUAGUAAUAGCUACACUAACUAGAAAUUAGGUGAAGAAGAAAGCAUGACAGACCCAGCUGUGGAUGUUCGACAGCUGCUCUUUGUUCUGGUAACUGUUUCUAUGCCCCUGUCCCUCCCCUGCGCUACCUUCCAGCCUCGCCCACCAGAGGGCUUGAGCAGUCACCUGGCCAGGUGACUCGGGCAUGACCACCUCACCUGCGACUCACCAGAGCUCUCGAGGCUGGUUGUCAGUAUGAGGAAAAAAUACAGGUUAGCUGGUUAAUUUUGAAAAUUGGCAUUGGGUGAACAGGCAGGAGGACGGGCUCUUGCAGCCACGGGGUGGCUGCAGGUCUUUGAAAACGCGGGAGGAAAGCCUCUCCCUCUGGACCCCGCACGCGUUUCCCUCCCACUUAACUGGGCUUCCAGGCUUUUGCAUUCAGGCCCCUAUAUUUUCUGUAGGAAAAAAUCGUUGAGAACACUUUUUUUAUAUAGGUAACUUUAAGACCAUCAUUACGCUGUGCGUAAAGAAUGUACAGAGAAAUUUGUAGGUAUUUUUUGAAGAACAAUUAAUUUGUUAAUGAUAUGUAGCUAUUUAAUUUUUCCCUUUCCUAUUGUAAUCAUUCAUAUUUUUUUUGUUUGGAAAAAAAAGUUGAUCUUUUUUUUGUCGUAGAUUUGUCUGUAAAAGUGCAGGAACACAGUUAUUCUAUGAGAACACUGCAUCUGCCUUAAUAGCCACUAGUUUGUUACUGCUACAGGCUACUGAGCGUUGCCCCAGGAAAACAACCCCACUGCCAGCGGCUCUGUGCAGAACGGGCUCCUCACAUGCCCACGUCCGCCAGCGAGGCCGUCGCUUUGGGAGGGACGGUGGCGCUGAGGGCCAGGUCCCCAGUGCGCUGACCUAUCUGGGAUAGGCGGUACCUGGGAGGGGCCUCAGGCAGGAAACCAAACGGUCACCAGGAAGAGACACUCCCUGGCCUCGGGGGGCACAGAGAGGUUCUCCACAGAGCCACGCCAUCUGCAGUGCGUCCUGACCAUUCUCUCCAUGUUUGUAAAUCUGUAAUAUACCAUUCUCUGUGGCCUGUUUUUCCUGGAAGAAGAAGAAAAAAAAAAAGGUUUGGCAGGCCAUCUUUUUUUUGUACUUAAAAGUAGCCUUAAGAACAAUAAUAAAGUGCUCUUAAACCACA